CUCAAAAUUUGGGGUGGUGCUCUUGUCACACUUAUUUGACAUCAGUGUCUUUGUUUCGACUCUGCAGACUCACCCACCGUCCGUCCCUGCCCCUCAAAAGAGAUUUCGUGUCUAACAAUAAUAUGGCUUCUCCUAAGGUAUUCCUGACUGGUGCUUCAGGAUAUAUUGGAGGCGAUGCUCUUUACGCAAUCGCCAAUGCCCAUUCUGACUGGCAGCUGUCGGCUUUGAUCCGCAACAAGGACAAGGCAGAGCAGGUCAAGGCCCAGUACCCAAACAUCCGGAUUAUUCACGGUGAUCUGGAUUCCUCGGAUAUCAUCAUAGAAGAGGUCAAAAAUGCUGACAUAGUGUUUCACUUCGCCGACCGUGAUCACGUUGCAGCGGCCCAAGCAAUUUCCAAAGGCGCUGAGAACCACACAGCUGAGCGCCCUCUUUGGCUGAUUCAUACCUCUGGCUCUGCCAUUCUGACCGUCGAGGACCGACGUGCUCACACUUACGGCAUUGAGCGCCCCAAGCAGUACAACGACUGGGAGGGCGUCAAUGAGCUUAUCAACCUGCCUGAUGAUGCUUAUCACCGCAACGUCGAAAAGAUUAUUCUUGAUACUGGUAAGCGUCAUCCAUCCAGUGUCCGCACCGCGAUUGCCUACUGGCUGAGUGCUGCGGUUCUCAAGCGCGGUAAGGGCUUUCUCGUCGGUAAGGGCGAAAAUAUUUGGCAUCAGGUGCAUGUCCAGGAUUUGAGCGACGUAUACGAGGCCCUGGGUGCCGCAGCCGCGGCUGGGGGCGGCAAGGCCACUUGGAACGACGAAGGUUACUACUUCGUUGAGAAUGGUGCUUUCGUCUGGGGUGAUAUCCAGCGAAAGAUUGCUGAAGAGGCUUAUGCUCAAAAAUUCAUUCAAUCUCCCGAGGUUGAUUCCUUGGACGAUGUCCAGAUCACCGAUAUCCAUCCUGCUGGGUGGUACGCCUGGGGCUCCAACUCGCGUGGCCACGCCAUCCGUGCCCGUAAGCUAUUCGGCUGGGAUCCGAAGCGGCCUAGCCUGAUUGAAUUGAUCCCGGAUAUUGUUGCAUUGGAGGCUAAGGAUCUUGGCCUGAUAUAG